CGCAAAUAUGAGCGACCAAAUACACCAGAAGGUUUUUGGAAUCCGGAAUUUCCUGAAACAUUAUCAAGCACUUAUAGGACAGAAUAAAAGAUGCAGAGUCGAAAUUAUAAGCGCAGGCUGCACAGAAAAAUAGAAAAAGAGAGACAGAAAAGAAUUAUACGCAGUGAAGUAAUAAGAACAGUGACACAAGUUCAGAAAUCAUUCGGAGAGGAGUCAAGUGAAUUAGAUAAAAACUUAAAUGAAAACUUAGACAGAAUUGAACAUGCAAGAGAAUCUCAUGACUUUGAGUAUGAAAUGAAUAAUGAUAGCUUUGUUGCUGAUAGUGAGGAACGUGAAUGGUCUACCAGCGAUAAUAGUGCAAUUGAUUACGAUGAAAAUGAGCAGUCUGGGUCUACAAGUGACAAUGAUGAUGAUGUUUUUCAAUUUCCUAACAAUGAAGCUAAAGAAGUGUAUGUUACAGAAACAAUCCGUGAAUGGGCAUUGGAGGGGGGAGUUAUCUCCAUGACAAAACUUAACGAUUUAUUGUUGAGACUGCAUGUAGUGCAUCCUACUUUGCCGAAGAGUUAUAAGUCAUUAUUAAAGACCCCCUCUGAUUUAAAUAUCAUAGAAACGGAUCAAGCUGAAAUAUGGUACAAAGGCAUACGAUUUAAUCUUGAUGCUAUGUUGUUGGAAGAAUAUUUAGAGACAUAUCAUCAAAUUUGUAUUGACGUUAAUAUGGAUGGACUUCCAAUCUCGAAAAGUUCACUUCUUAAAUUUUGGCCAAUAUUAGGUCGUCUUAUUGAUUCGGAAAAUGAGCCAUUUGUUAUAAGUAUUUAUUUUGGAAGAACAGAUCCUACAGAUGUAAGAAGCUUCUUGAAUAAUUUUGUUAAUGAAGUUGAAGAUUUAUUUCAAAAUGGUUAUACUUUCAAUGAGAUUACAUAUCCAUUCGUUAUAAGGAAUUUCAUUCUUGAUGCACCUGCUCGUUCACUGGUAAAAUGCUGUAUAGGACAUGGAGGAUACGGAUCAUGUGAAAAAUGCACUGUUAUAGGAGAGACUGUACAUUCAAGGCGAGUUUAUCUUGAACUCGAUAAACCUUUAAGAACAGACGAAUCAUUUAAAAAUAGGGAACAACCUCUUCAUCAUUGUGGACAAUCACCUCUUGAACAGAUUAAUAUAGGGAUGGUUUCUCAAUUCAGCAGGCACUUGUCCAAGGGAUUUUGUAAGAAAACCAAGAUCACUAAAAGAAUGGAGAAUGUAUAAAGCUACUGAAGAACGUCGUUUGUGUCUUUAUGAUGCUCAGGAAUGUUUAUCUCAUGGAUCAUUGGAUAAAUUUAGUGCCUUUCCUUUUGAGAAUUUUUU